UGGAAAGAUGAAACAGACUUUUUUAUAUUAUGCAUCGCAUUACCCUUCAUAUUAAGGCCUCUAUAGAUUGGUCCAAUUGCUUACGUCAAAGGUGUUCCUUUAAAUACUUGAAGAUACAAGCAGCAAAAAUCUUUUCUCAAUACCGUCCUGCCGGAAGCAGAAAAUGAGAUCGCUAAUCUUCAAAAUGAAAUGUAUGUGAUAGCCUUCCUAAGGGCAGGUAAAAUCUGGAUGGAGAACAGUGAGCGCAAUAUAAGAUACCUCAGACACAUAGUCAGAGAUCGAUCAACUGAGCGUCAGUUCAACAUGAUCGCUCAUCCAGUUACAAAUAUGGAGUAUACAUCUACGAAAGACAAAUUGGAAGCAGUUCAAGCCUUUUACCAGGAACUUGUACUCGGCAGAGUCAAUACAGCGUCGACCACUGAACUCUCUCAUAUCGAAUAUUUCCACAAAGAUAAGCAACUCAGCCUCAAACGAUAUUUGUUCUACUAUCCCUCUUGAAGGUGUAAAACGUUGCUCUAAAUAGAGCAGUCCUGGUAGGGACGGAUUACCCUAUGCUAUCCUGCGGCUCAUUGUUGAACAUCCUGACUGUCAUAACUUGGUUACCAAAGUGUAUAAUGAUACCAUUGCUAAAACUGUUUUUUCCAAAGUCUUGACUACAGACAUAAAUUGUGCCACUACCCAAGAAAGGGGUUCUAACAAAUCUGGCUAACUGGCGCCCAAUUUCCCUAACUAAUACUGAUUGCAGAGUGUUUACAAGGAUACUCAGCACUAGAUUCAUUUAGGCCUCGAAUAGCAUUAUAAAUCAAUUCUAGGCUGGUUUUAUGCUUGGUAAAUUUAUCGGUGAUCAUGGUCUCGCACUGAAGGUAAUAAUGGAAGAUACUAAU